GGCAACAUUUACCAAAGUAGGAAUGUUGCUCAUGGCCACCUCGAAAAGACCUCCGGCUAACUAUUUUUCCUCUUUCAGCCGAGGAAAGCCAUCACUUGUAUCAAAGGCCUGCCUCUCUACGGCCGCUGCAGGUGGCAUGAAACCACUUAAUCAGUAUUCUACUAUCUCAUCUUCAGAUCAAGAUCCCACUAGACGUUCAGGGAAUUACGGACCUACCAUGUGGGAUUUUGAAUAUCUUCAGUCCAUGCACAAUAAUUAUGUGGGAGAGAAGUAUAUCAGACAGUUUAACAAACUGAAGAAGGAAAUGAAGGAGAAGAUGAUGAUAAUGAUUAAUGAGGGAUCAGAAGAAUUAGAUAAGUUGGAGCUAAUUGAUAAUUUACAAAGGCUUGGAGUAAGUUACCACUUCAACGAUGAAAUCAUGCAAAUUUUGAGGAGCAUACAUCUAAAUGCAUCCUCAGGAGAUUCAUUAUACGCCACAGCCCUGAAAUUUAGACUCUUGAGACAACAUGGUUUUCAUAUCUCUCAAGAUAAAUUCAAAGAUUUCAAGGAUGAACAAGGUAACUUCAAGCAAAGUCUCUGUAAAGAUGUAAAAGGACUGUUACAAUUAUAUGAAGCUUCAUUUCUCUCUACCGAAACUGAAAGAACUUUGGAGUCAGCCAAUAGUUUCACAACGUCACAUCUAAAGAAUUAUCUAAACAAUCAAAAUGGUGACGGAAAUGAUCUGACAGUUGCAUUAGUACACCAUGCCCUGGAACUUCCUUUGUAUUGGAUGAUGUUGAGAGUUGAGACAAGUUGGUAUCUUAACAUAUAUGAGAGAAUGCCAAAUGCUAAUCCUCUUUUGCUCGAGCUUGCCAAGUUGGACUUUAACAUUGUUCAAGCAACACACCAAGAAGAUUUGAAAAAUAUUUCAAGGUGGUGGAAAAGUACAUGCCUUGCAGAAAAAUUGCCAUUUUCAAGGGAUAGAAUUGUUGAAGCUUUCGUUUGGACAGUGGGGACAAUAUUUGAACCUCAAUACAGUUACUGCCGAAGAAUGUUGACAAAGAUCAAUGCUGUUGCUGUAGUCAUAGAUGAUAUUUAUGAUGUCUAUGGCUCUCUUGAUGAGUUGGAACUAUUCACUGAUGCUGUUGAAAGAAUGGAGCUAAAAGCGAUUGACUAUGUUCCAGACUAUAUGAAAGUAUGUUACCUUGUACUCUUCAACACUGUCACUGACAUUGCAUAUGAAGUUCUCAAAGAGCAAGGGAUCAACGUCAUACCCUACCUUCAAAAAUCAUGGGCAGAUUAUUGCAAAGCUUCCUUUCAAGAAGCAAAGUGGCACUUCAAUGGAUAUAAUCCAACUCUGAAAGAAUAUAUGGAUAUUGCAUGGAUUUCAAUUGGAGCUCCUAUGUAUUUAGUCCAUGCAUUCAUCUUUGUCACCAACCCAAUUACGAAAGAGGAAUUGGAAUCCUUAAGCAAAUAUCCUGACAUAAUUCGUCACUGUUCUAUAAUUAUUCGUCUUGCCGAUGAUUUAGGGACAUCAUCAGAUGAAAUGAAUAGAGGUGAUGUUCCCAAGUCAAUUCAAUGUUACAUGAACGAAAAUGAUGCUUCUGAACAAGAGGCAAGAGAACACAUUAAUCUUUUGAUAAAGGAGUCGUGGAAACUGAUAAACACUGGUCUACAUGAAAACUCGUUAUUUUCUGAAACAUUGAUUGGAUGUGCAGUAAAUGUUACAAGAACUGCACAGUGCAUAUACCAACAUGGAGAUGGACAUGGAAUUCAAAAUUCUGAGAUUAAAAGUCGCAUUUCCGAAUUACUUUUCGAGCCCACCAAAAUCUCAAUUCCAUGAAGGCCUCCAUUUAGUGCUUAUAAGUUCUUAUUAUAAUGUUUGAAUUUUACGCAAUGUUUUAAAAGGCGGGGCGUGAGGCGAGGCGUUUUACCUCUGACGAGGCGAAGCGUAAGCCCUGAAACAUGGGGCGUAUGUACCACGGAUCUUUAAAUUUUACUGAUUUCAAGAAUUUUAA